AUGACAACCAGCCCCUGCCCUAUCGAAGAGAUCCCACCGUGCUUGAACUUCGACGUGAAUCUUCUUAAAGAGCGUUAUUAUCAUGGUCUAUUACCGAGGGAAGACGUGCUGUACCUUUUGCACAAAGAUGGCGACUUCCUUGUACGGAUCACUGAGGCCGACAGCAUGGGGGAACGAACCGAGAUGGUCUUGUCUACAUUGCAUGACCCUCAUGGACAUUUCAGGCCGGGCACUGGUGAGCCAGUUGAAGAUGAUAAUGUUGUGCAUGCAAUUAUUCAAACUCGAAAAAAUAAAUAUUAUGUUGAUGAUUUUAAUAAUACGUUCAACACUCUAAAAAUCAGAAUUAAACGACCGAUAAGCUUGGCAUCGUGGGAGUUUCGUACUGAUGGUUUCUUACUCGGUGAAACAAUUGGCAAAGCGGGUUGUAUCGAAGUGAGAAAAGGUCUGAUCCAGAAAGAUGACAAGGAGAUCAAAGUGUCAGUGACAGCGGUGACAGGACGAUCUCGUGAGGCGAAAGUGACCAUAAGUGAGCUGUUGCGGCAGUGUCGAAUGGUCCGCGAUUUGCAUCAUCCAUGUGUCGUGAAAUUCUUCGGAGCAUGCCUCAUCUCACAACCCUGCUUCUUUCUGAUGGAGUAUCCUUCAGAAGGUCCACUCGACAUGUUUCUCGAAAAAUAUCGUGGGACGUUAAAACGCGAUGAGUUGCUGCAGAUGACUAUGAGCGCCGGUUGGGGUCUAAACUUCCUGCACUCGGCUGGAAUCAUUCAUCGAGAUUUGACAGCCAGGAAUUGCUUCUAUGAUAAGCAAAUGGUCAAAAUCAGCGGCUUCGGAAUGUCAAGAAAAGCAAACGUCUACGUUCAGAAGAUGGUGCGACGCAUGAUGGUCAGAUGGAUGGCGCCCGAAACGCUUUCCGCAUUGCGAUUUUCUCAGAAGUCUGACGUCUACAUGUAUGGGAUACUCAUCUACGAAAUAUUCUCACAGAGCGAACCUUAUGAAGGUUUGUCGAGGUGAGCACUAUAACACAGCUUUAAGCCUAUUCCUUUCCAUUUGAUGAGGCGUAACGGUUUGAUCUUAUGUCACUUGAGUGGUUUAUCUGCUAAGAAUAAAUUGUUUAGAUGUAAGUCCCGUGUCAUAUGUACAGCGGAUAUGCGACUGAGGGAUUGAACGGCUCAGAACUGAACAGAACGCACUGCUUAGUGUAUCGAACUUUAGGUGUAAGUUGUAGUACUGGUAAAGAGCUGCAAAUCAUUUUGAGUAGAUCCAUAUGCAAAGUCCAACCAUCUGGUAUUCAGGAUCCCUUUGUGUUGCCCCAGCAUAGACGUCUCUCAAGUUAGAGGGGCUAGGGCCAAUCCGCUUCACUUGACGACCCAAAUCUUUUGUGUUGUGAUGGGUCACGCCUAUCGGAUACCUCUCGCUCUACUGUGUAGCAUAUCCCCUCAUGACGCACCUUAUAUGAUGUCGCAUCUUCCUUUUCUAACCUUUCCUCUUGAAUCAUUACCUUUCAGAGCCCUGCUGUAA